CAGGGUCCAGCCGCUUCCCGAGAAAUAAAUAAAGCAGACCAUCUCUCCCCCGUGCGGUUGUAUUCGACAAGUUGCUCAGUCUCUACCGUCGUUCAUUCCCAUCCGUUUUGCUCGCUCUCUAUCUAUACUGCCACCAUGCAAUUCAAGGCGCUCGCUACCCUCCUUUUCGCCGCUCUGGCAGUGGCCAAUCCUGCCCCGGCCCCUCAGGCUGGCGAUGACCUGAACGCUCUGAUGGACUCCAUUCCUAGCUCCGUCCUCGACGUCCUCAUGACGGCUAUUCCUCCCUCUGUCAUUGCGGCCCUUACCAACCCUACCCAGGCCGCCGGCAUCGUCGAUCAGAUCGAGCAAGGACAGAUACCGGACUGGUACCGCAACCUGCCCGACAGCGUCAAGGCUUGGGCUUCUAGCGCUGUCAUGGCUGAGCUCGGCGGUGCUGUUCCCACCGCUACCGCCAGCGGUAACCCUGCUGCUACCCCGCCGACCACGGCCUCGGGCUCUGCCGGUGCUGCCUCAACCUCGACCCCGACCUCGACUCCGAACGCUGCUCCCACUGGCGCCGUGGCCGUCAGCUUUGCCGGUGCUGCUGGUAUACUGGCUCUCGCUCUUGCCCUGUAA